UUACUUGAUAAUCGUAGAUUUCAUCCAAGCUAUUGAUUAGGCUGUGUUCAUCGAAAUAUUAGCAGUAGGUACGACCAGAUAAGUUGAUAAAUUAAUGAUAAAUAUAUAAUAUUUUAACUAUAGCCCUUUAGUCACUCGUUUGGUACCGCUGGGGCAACCAUGGGUACCAAAAUGUUGGUUCCCGCUGUGUUUUGCGUUCUUCUGGGAUUUGCUGCUGCACUUCUCCCAGAGGAUAUGCGGUCAAAUUUGGAGUUCUUUGACUACUCCUCAAAUGUCCAUACAUCAGCUUACCGUCUCCGUGACAAUGUGUACCCAACUGACAUGAAAAUAGAUCUGGACAAUAUUGACCUUGAAGGGGCUACAUUCACAGGAUCUGUGGAGAUGAUCGUUCUUGUAAGAGAGAACGAUUUAGAGCAAAUCUCUAUGCACCAGAAAAAUCUCUUUGUCACCAGAAUCAAUGUUGUCAACAACACAAAUGGUGAAAAUGUUCAACUGAGGUCCCCCAAUCCCUUCUCCUAUGACGACAAAUUUGAACUCCUACACCUUCAUUUCCACCUACCCCUCGUCACCGGCUCCUACACUAUCACUAUCGACUAUAGAGGCCGCAUCAACGAAAACCCUGUCGACAGAGGUUUCUACAGAGGUUACUAUUACUACGAAAACACUCGCAGGUACUACGCCACCACGCAGUUCCAGCCCUACCACGCCAGGAAAGCUUUCCCUUGCUUCGACGAGCCACAGUUCAAGUCACGCUACACACUCUCCAUCACUCGGCCUUACAAUCUUGGCCCAUCUUACUCCAACAUGGGAAUCAGUUCUACCCAAUUGGUUGGCAGUAGCAUUCGCGAAACAUUCUACCCUACUCCCAUCAUUUCUGCCUACCUUGUGGCUUUCCACGUGAGCGACUUCGUGCCCACUAAUGCCACAAGCACUGAUCCUAGACCAUUCAACAUUAUCUCUCGCCCAGGAGUGACGGACCAACAUGCAUAUGCUGCCGAAAUCGGUGUGGAAAUAACCAACCAGUUAGAUGACUAUUUUGGCAUCGAGUACCAUAAUAUGGGACAAGGGUCAGUUAUGAAGAACGAUCAUAUUGCUCUGCCUGACUUCCCGUCUGGUGCUAUGGAAAACUGGGGAAUGGUCAACUACAGAGAGGCUUACCUUUUAUACGACCCUGCUAACACCAACUUACCGAACAAAAUAACCAUUGCAACCAUCAUGGCUCAUGAACUGGGACACAAAUGGUUCGGUAACCUGGUCACCUGUUUCUGGUGGAGUAACCUUUGGCUAAACGAAUCUUUCGCUAGCUUCUUCGAAUAUUUUGCUGCGCAUUGGGCUGAUCCAAAACUAGAAUUAGCUGAUCAAUUCGUCGUUGACUACGUGCACAGUGCCCUCAAUGCAGAUGCCAGUCCAUCGGCUACUCCUAUGAACUGGGAAGAGGUUGAAAACAAUCCCUCAAUCACUUCACACUUUAGUACUACCAGCUAUGCCAAAGGAGCUUCUGUGCUUAGAACGUUGGAGCAUUUUGUUGGACCAAGGACCUUCCGUAAUGCGCUCAGACAUUACUUGCGCGACAAUGCCUACGGUAUCGGUACCCCCCAGCUCAUGUAUCGUGCAUUUGAAAAGGCUAUCAAUGAAGAUCAUACAUUUUUAAAUGAUUUCCCGGACGUCAACUUUGAGGCUGUAUUCGAUAGUUGGAUCCAAAACCGUGGUUCUCCAGUCGUGUCUGUUGACCGUAACGUAAACACUGGCGGUAUAGUUGUUAAACAGGAACGCUACCAACUUUCUGGCGUUAGACCCACCCAAACUUGGCAGAUCCCGCUUAGUUGGACAGAGCAGAAACAUUUGGACUUCAGCUCGACCAAGCCUAAGUUUUUGCUUAAUACAUCGGAAGCGGCUCUGGCAAGCGAGGAAGGAGACAACUUUGUCAUAUUUAACAUUCAACAAUCUGGACUGUAUCGCGUCAAAUACGAUGAUAACAACUGGAGAGCACUUUCAUCUUACCUGAACAGCAACAACAGGGAACAAAUUCACAAACUGAACAGAGCUCAAAUUGUCAAUGAUGUGCUGUACUUCAUUCGCUCCAAUGACAUCAAUCUGGAACUUGGUUUCCAUGUUAUUGAUUUCUUGAGGAGUGAAACUGAUUAUUACGUGUGGAACGGUGCUCUUACUCAACUUGACUGGAUCCGUCGUCGGAUGGAGCAUAUGCCCAGAGCUCACGAAGCGUUCACUAGCUACAUGCGUGGCCUUAUGAACAAUGUCAUCAACCACCUCGGGUACAACGAAGGCCCCAACGACUCUACCGCCACCAUCCUAAACAGAAUCCAGAUCUUAAACUACGCUUGCAACAUCGGACACAGCGGUUGCAUUUCUGAUAGUUUACAGAAAUGGAAAGAUUUCAAAGAAAACAACGAACCGGUACCUGUGAACCUUCGUCGCCAUGUCUAUUGCGUUGGUGUUCGUGAGGGUGAUAGAUCUGACUACGACUUUCUAUUCAAUGCAUACAACACAUCAGAAAAUACCGCUGAUAUGGUAAUCAUGCUUCGUACCCUACCUUGCACCAAAGAUGAAGAUGCUCUUAAACAUUACUUGCAAGAGAGCAUGUACAACGACCGGAUUCGUAUCCACGACCGCACUAACGCUUUCAAUUUUGCUCUGCAAGGAAACCUAGAAAAUGUGAAAAUCGUUACCCAAUUCCUUAGAAAUAAUUACCAGGAAAUCAGAAUAACAUAUGGCGGUGAAGCUCGUCUGAUCCUCUGCAUCAACGCUCUUGCCGGCUUCCUGAACACGUAUCCCGAAAUAACUGAAUUCCAGCAAUGGGCCUAUAUGGUGCAAGUCGGCUUAGGAGAGGCUUUCAGUACCAGUCAGGGUGUAAUCAACUCUGCUAUGGCCAAUCUUGACUGGGGUAGCAACAAUGUGCUUGAAGUGUUCAAAUUCGUUUCAGUCAGAAGUGGUUCCCCUGCUAUCUUCGCUUCAUCAUUCCUCAUCAUUGCAGCUAUGCUCAUUCAGCUAUUCCGUUAAAUUAGAAUUAAAUAAUUUAACCAAUAUUUUUAUAGAAUAAAAUAUAUUAAUAAAAUCAUCAAGUAACUUUAUUAGGACGUUUUUUUCUGUGGAGUUCUUAAAUGUUGAAUGAAAACUUAAACUUAAGAAAUAGUUUUUCACAUUUUCAUGUCGUUGUCGUCUCGUAUUUCAUACUUAUAAAUUAAAUAUUUUUGUACAUAAAUUA